ACGACCUUUUACUGAAAUCCACAAAGCUGUGGAGAGUGAGAUGAAACAGUGGUCUCCUGAACAAGGAAUCAGGGCAAUGGUAAAGCGGGUAAGGGAUGUCAGAGGAGUGCGGCCUUGUUACAGAGACGAUGUUGCUAAUAUAAUGAGGUAUAUGGAUGCAAGUGGUCUUCAGAGGAGAUCUCCUGGAAAGAAGAAAAUUCCCCGUCGGAAUUACAUCAGCCGUGGUCCAAAUGACACACGGCACAUUGAUGGCAAUGAUAAACUGAAGUUCUUUGGAAUGUGGAUACAUUUGGGGAUUGAUGGAUUUUCCAGGAAGGUUCUAUGGCUAAAGGUGGGCACAUCCAACUGCAAGCAAAACUUUGUGGCCAGAUACUUGUUUGAGGCUGUUCAAGAACAGGGUGGCUGUCCUCAAAUGAUUCGGGGGGACAGAGGAAAGGAGAACCUUGUUGUGGGUCAAAUGCAGAUGGCAUUUCACAUGCGAGAUCUUGGGAAUCAGGCAUGGAGGUGCUUCAGAAUGGGGACAUCAGUGCACAACCAGAGAGCUGAAUGUUUCAACAGUAUUUUAAAGCGGACAUGGAUUAAGAAAUGGCUGACAACAUUUGAGGCCAUGAUGGAGUCUGGGAUCCUUGAACUGGACAAUCCUGUGCACAUCAACUGCUUGCAGUACUCACACUUGCCACUGCUUCAAAGAGACUUAAAAACGGAGCAAACAGUUUGGAACACCCAUGACAUCCGCAAGCAACGCAAUGCACCUGGUCCAUUUGGGAAACCCGACCUUCUGUUUACCUCACCACCUCCUGGAUAUGGCAAUGUGCUGCACAUUGUUGACCCAGACCUUUUAGACUAUGCCAAGCAAUUAAUCUGUGAGAGGGAAGAGCCUUCACUGGUAGCAAACCAGGAAUUCAGAGACAUGUGCCAGAACAUUUUAGAAAACAGCCAGUUUCCCUGCACACCUGAUGGUUGCCUUGCUGCAUACCUCAUGCUAGUCCAAGAGCUCACAACUGCCAUGAACAGAAAUGCAGUUCCUACACUUUCUACGUUUGCCGAGGCAAAUGACAUAUACAUCUUUCUGAAGAGAGAGAGGAUGGAAGGUGCACCAGUAAACAUUUCCAAUGACCAAUAAAAUCAUACAACAGUGUUUGUUAACAUUUAUUUAUCCUUGUUUAAAAUCAACAGGUAAUUUGAAAACUGUCUGACCAACAAAAUGUACAAUAAAAUGUUGAAAUACAAUUGACAAGGUGCCAUCUUUCAUAAUGAUUCAGUGUUUCAUUUACCACAACUUUUGUUAACAAUAAUGUAGAACAUAAUUCACAUUGAAAGACUUUUGAACUGCAGACUGUAGCAACAUUACCACUUGUAGCCAUAUCGGCUCGUAAGAUCAAGGCCUGACUUGAGAAACUUAACAACAUCAGAUGCGGAAGGCCUUGAGUCUGGGUCAUAGCUCACCAAACCACCAAGAAAACUGUUUUUGUCACUGAGAUGUGAUAGGGCAUGUGGUGGGGUUUUGGUGG